CAGCAAAAAAGUGAGCAAAGCUCAUAUCGGGGACGCCCGAUUCAUUUAAGCCCUCAAUCUGAGGCACUUUGAUCGAAGAUGGUCUCCGCGAGACAUGAAGAUAUUUACAUCAGUCAGCCGGGCUAACACUGAUCUUCAACAAAGCUACCGCGUCGGAUUCAAUUCUUAUUAACUAAGGAUAAAACUUCUGAUUCAAGAAAUUAGAGAAUUAAUGAAGACUCGGAGGACUAGCAAUAAUAUCUACCGGUCAAGAAUUCAAAGUACGAAGACUGAAGAUCACACUCGGAGGACUUGUUUACUUUUUUAAGUUGAUGAUUCUCACAACUCAAAAAAGUGGAGGACUUCUUCAUGGGAAAUAAUACGUGGCUCGGCCCACAUUUCCCAAUUAUUUACAAAGAAUAAUUAAACCGAUCUUGUUUAAUAAAAUAGAGAAAUAAGAGAAUAUUCCUCCGUAGAUGCUCUCACCCUCUCUUAUAAAAGGAAGGCUAAAGAGGAAUGUCAAUAUUAAGAAGCUGCAGAAGAGGUCUUCUCCUCCCAAGAAAAGCAAAGUGGUGGCUAAGGUGGCUAAAAGUGGAGUUGUUAAGAGGGAGUAUACGUGCGUUGACAAUAACUCGCCGGCAAUGAGGAGAGCACGAGAACUUCAAGCAAACCUUGCACCUGAAUUUCCUAGUCUGGUGAAGUUCAUGCUGCACUCUCACGUUACCGGUGGGUUUUGGCUGGGGCUUCCAAGACCCUUUUGUACCUCCCAUUUGCCAAAGCAUGAUGGUGGUGUUGUUUUGGUGGAUGGAGAUGACAAAGAAUGGGAGACGAAGUACCUGGUCGAAAAGAACGGUCUGAGUGCAGGAUGGAGGGGGUUCUCCAUAGCCCACAACUUGAUUGCCGGGGACGCCUUAGUUUUUCAGCUCUUAGAGCCUUGCAAGUUCAAGGUGUACAUUGUGAGGGAAAAUGCCUCAGCUGAUAUUGAUUUCGCCGCCAUCAGUCUUUUGAAUUUAAGUCAUCAACCACUCUCUAUCGAAACCCAGGCAUGUCUGGAACAAAGAGGAGAAGGGGGAGAGGGGAUUGAAGACAGAGUGGUGUCAAUCUCAGAGCAUGGCCCUCCGGCGUCCCACUUAUCUGCCAACAGCUGUGACGAUGACGACAUUGGUGGUCUCAGAUUAGCCGACUCUGCUCUGGACUUCUCCCAAGUGAAAGAUUUUGAGAGCUUCCACGUAUUCGCCAAUGGCUUGAUCAUAGACUCCGAGAUCCCCAGAGACCUUAGGGCCAAGUACUAUCAGCUCUGCGCCGCGCACAAGUCCUACCUCCACCAAAACCUCAUAGAAGGGCUGAACUACAAGCUCAUCGCGGGCAUCAUCUCAGAAACCGUGAACAUUGCAGAUGCCAUUAGUACAUCUUCUCCCAAGCUAACAUCAGAAAGAACAAUGGAAGCUUGGGACACGACUCUGAGGGGGUUCGAGUGUCUGGGCAUGAGAGUUGAGUUUUUGCGCGACAGGCUAAGAAAGCUCAUCAACCUGCUGUCUGCUUCGUCUGGGGCUGCCGCAUCCAAGAGAAGAGAACAGCGUGCUGCUGCGAAAGCGGAGCUGAAGGAUCUCAGAAAAAGGAUAUCGGGUUUGGACGAAGAGACUGAACUCUAUGGUGAUAAUGGUAGAGUGGAGAUGAUGUUCAAAUAUGUGGCAACUGCUCCAUGGUGAUGUGUUUCUUGGUAUAAACUCUGUAUUUUUUG